AUGGGGCGCGCGGUGCUGCGUGGGCUGGUGCUGUGCUGCGCGGUGCUGAGCCUGGCGCGGGUCUUGCUGCGUGGCCGCGCCCGCACCCCAGGGCCCUUCACCGUGCGCACCAUCCGCGGGGGCCCCGAGCUGGAUCCUGGCCCUGAUCCCGGCCCCAAGCCGGCCCCACCUGCCUGCCCGCCGCGCUACCAGGAUGAGAACGAGAGCCCUGCACGGCCCCAAACCCAUCAGGACGUGGUCCCGCAGCCCUGGGCCGACGGCAGCGAGUCCCUGCAGAGGGAGGCCGAGCGGUUCCUUGCCUACAUCAGCACCCCGCAGCUGCCUUGCUCCAGGGCUCUGAGCCAAGCAGGGCCCAAGGCCUUAGCGGACAGCACCUGGGGGCCCUGGCGAGUGUGCCUGGAUCACCUGCCCGGCCUGGCCCCGAAGCCACAGCAGAAGAGGUGCCUGGCGUACACCUUCAGCAUGGUCAAAAGGGGCUCCGAGUUUGCCCGGCGGAUGAGUGAAAUGGGGUGCCAAGUGCACAGCUUUGGCUUGGCCCCUGACCGGCGCGCAGAGGAGCGCUGGCAGGAGGGACGUGUCCAGCAUCACCGCCUGUGGCUGGACUGGCGCGAGCAACCCCCGUCGGCUUCGUCGCGGAGGCAGAAGAGCGCUUCCAAGAGGCUGCGUCGGAUCAUGGAAGGCCUGGGCCACGAGAAGAUCGACGUGCUGGAGGCCGACUUGGCCAGCGCGGAGUGGAAGAUCCUGGAGAGCAUCCUCCUGGACGGCACCGUGGCUGCCGUGCACCAGCUGAUCCUCACCCUCCACCUCCACUGGCCCGGGUUCGAGGUGAGUGGGAGCCACGCCGCCGUGGUCCGGCACUGGUACAGCUUGCUGAAGGCGCUGGAGGCCAGGGGCUUCCGGCUCUUCCACAGCUACAAGGACCUGCAGAAGCCGCAGCUGUUCCUGCACCGGGAACUCCUCAACGCCAGCAGCUCCUACACGCUGAGCUGGGUCAACACCAGCUGGAUGUACUGAGAGGGGUGGGCUGGGCAGGGGGCCUUGCUUGCACACGGCUCCUGCCCCUGGCUCGCAGGUCCCAGCACAUCCCGGAGCGAGCACCCUUGCUCCCCACGCACGGGCGACGCAGGCAGCGGGUUCCCGAGGAACCCACGGAGCUCUCCGAGGCCUGCAGCUCGGACAGCGGGCGGGUGUCGGAUUCGGGGGGACGCCUGAACUGGACCGAAACCAGCUCCACGGUGCCGAGACGUGCUGGAGCCCCACGUACCGCGUGCCUGCAUCCCCGCCGCGCUGCCCUGGGGUGCGGAGGACAAGUACCCUGCUCGCAGUCGCCCUAAUCCACGCGAGUGCCUUGCUGCUGAGCUCCAGCAGCUCGGAUAAU